UCCCCCACCUUGAAAGAGAGAGAGUCUCCUUCCUGCGACGCACAUAUACAGGCACGGACAGACGACGGCGACCAAGACGAGACAGGAGAAGAUCCGGAUGUACAGCUAGAAAAGGGGAUAUCCAAGCCAGAGAAGAUCUUUGCCCCACAGAACCACCACUUCCUCCCUCUCCUCCUCCUCCUCCUCCUCCUCCUCCUCCUCCUCCUCCUCCUUCUGACAGCACAAUGGCGCCCGCCUCGCAACGCAAGCUCCGUGUCGCCCUCAUCGGCUGCGGCCGCCAGGGAAAGGUGCACGCGCUCAACUUUGCCAUGUCGACGCCGCGCUGCGAUGUCGUCGCCAUCGUCGACCCAGCACCGACGACGGCCGACUGGGUCCGCACCAACAUCUCGCCUGACUUGCCGGUCCUGCGCACGCCCGAGGACCUCUACGCGCGGUAUCCCUGCCCCGUGGGCGGCAAGCCGUCGAGCGGCGCCCUCGACGCCGUCGUCAUCUCCACCGAGACGGCCUUCCAUGCGACGCUGGCCUGCGAUGCCAUCGGCCGCGGCGUCCACGUGCUCCUCGAGAAGCCCAUCAGCAUCGAUGCUGCGGGCGACGAACAGGUACUGGCCGCCAGCAAGGCGCGGCCCGAUGUCCGCGUCGUCGUCGCCCUCAGCCGGCGCUUCGACGCCUCGUACCGCGCCGCCUUUGACCGGCUCCAGUCCGGCGAGCUCGGCGAGGCUUUCCUCGUCAAGAGCGCCACGGUGGACCAGUACGACGAGUCGGGCUGGUUUGUGCCCUACUCGCUCAAGAGCGGCGGCAUCUUUAUCGACUGCGGUAUUCACGACAUUGACAUUGCCCGCUGGAUGCUUGGCCUCUCGGAUGCCCAGGGCGUGCGGCAGCGCUCGUCGGCGCGCGUCAAGCGCUGCUUUGCCAUUGGCUACAAUGCCCUCCACCCGGAGCUGGGCCGCUACGGCGACGCAGACAAUGCCACGGGCGUCGUCCAGCUCACCGACGGCCGCAGCUUCACCUUUAACCUCGGCCGCACCGCCAUCCACGGCCACGAGUGCUCGUGCGAAAUCAUCGGCACAAAGGGUCGCGUCUUUGUCAACCAGAACCCAGCCAUGAACCGGGUCCAGAUCCUCGAUGGCCACGGCGUCCGAACCGAGUCGACCCCGACGUACUUUGAGCGCUUCGAGCAGGCCUUUGUCACCGAGGCGCGCGAGUUUGUCGCCGGUUGCCUCGACGGCGCCGACAUGUGCGUCACGCUCAACGAUGCCGUCGAGGCGGCACGCAUCGCCACGGGCCUCACCUAUGCCGUGCGCAGCGGCGAAAUCGUCGACUUUGACCAGAAGACGGGCAAGCCGAUCCCGCCGCGCGGCCUCGUCGGCUCCACCGCCGGCACGGCCAUUGUCGACUCGCAGAGCAAGCUCUGAGUCGCCUUGCUUGCUUGCUUGCAUGCGCCUACUCUUGUAUGCACCUACCUCUACUACGAUACACCAGCAGCACCCCUACCUAGAGCCAUUCCCCCUUCUUUCUCUCUCUUUCCCCAGCGCAUCGAUGCUGAUGCCGAAGCUCAACGACCUCAUUAGAAAAAGCAGCCCGUACAGACAAUGAACAAUUUUUGGAUCCUCACGCCAGAGCCAGA